CAUACCAAACAAUCCUUACCUCUUCUAGUGUACUACAGCACUUCCUGUGUUGGCUCAAAUUGGACCACUCUGCCGCAUGUUAUAUGGAGUUAGCUCACGUUUGUAUGUUUUGCAAUUCCACACACAGAAACAGAGGCACUCCCAUGGAAGAGCAGCAGCGCACUGAGGAGCUGCUCCAGGGCCAGCUGGAGCUGUGGCACCACGCCCUGGGCUACAUCAAGUCGAUGGCUCUCAAGUGCGCCUUGGACGUGGGCAUCCCCGACGCCAUCGCCCGCUGCGACGGCGCCGCCACCCUCCCGGACCUCCUUGCCGCCACCGGACUCCCUCCGUGCAACCUCUCCUACGUCCGCAGGCUCAUGCGCGUGCUCACCAUCUCCGGCAUCUUCCAGCAGCAGCAAAAGCAACCUGCGUCCUCCGGCGAGGGCCAGCAGGAGGCCGUGUACGCUCUCACCCCGGCCUCCCGUCUGCUCGUCAGCGAAGACGGAAACGGCCAGGGGGCGCCUAGCUUCGGCCAGAUUCCUGCCAUGUCGCUCCCGCUGUGCCGGACCUUCAUGACUCCCUUCCUCGGCAUGCACCCUUGGAUCGCCGACGAGAGGGCAGCCGCCACAUCUCUCUUCGAGCGAGAGCACGGCCAAGCCUUGUGGGAGAUGACCAGAUCAACCAGCAUCAACGAUGAGUUCAACCAGUGCAUGACCGCGGACACGAGACUCAUCAUGCACGCCGUCCUCACGUUGAGCCCCGACGUCUUCGAGGGGGUUACCUCGCUCGUGGACGUCGGCGGGGCUAACGGCACGGCCGCGGCUGCCAUCGCCAGGGCGUUCCCGCACAUCAACUGCACCGUCUUGGACCUCCCUCACGUUAUCGAAAACGCUCCUGCCCCAGAUGAAGCUGCCGGAGGCAACACAGUGCGCUUUGUAGCCGGCGACAUGUUUCACCACAUCCCACCCGCUCAUGCUGUACUGCUCAAGUGGAUUCUGCACGAUUGGAAUGACGAUGAGUGCAUCAAGAUACUGCGGCAAUGCAAAAAGGCAAUCCCUAUCAGGGACGGCGGAGGGAAAGUGAUAAUAAUAGAUAGCGUGGUUGGAUCAAACCCAUGCGACAACAUCUGCAAUGAAACUCAAGCCUUGUUUGAUCUGUAUAUCAUGUUUAUCAACGGGGCCGAGCGGGAGGAGCGUGAGUGGAAAAGGAUCUUCGUGGAAGCUGGAUUUAGUGAUUACAAAAUUAUGCCUAUCCUAGGUUUUCGGUCUAUCAUUGAGCUCUACCCUUGAUUUGGGGGCUGAUCAAUAUGCUUCAACAAAUAAAAUAGUAUACCAUAUAAGUACGAAAAAUCACUCAUCGGCUAAGAGUGGUUGAUGAAGGCACUCAUGUCUUAGUAAGCAUUACUCCUCUAGAUAUUUCAGAGUGCGACCUCUUACCUCUAUGUAUAGAUCUGCAAACGAAUCAUAAGUGGAUUGUUGAAAUUGUAUUUUUAUCAAAUGUUCCUAUUUUUUUGAGUAAAUUUCAAAGACCUACA